AUGCAGUACCCCAGCCCCCCCCCAGUUGAGCACAGGGACCUCCAAAUAACUCUGUGCUCUGAUAAGUAUGGACUUGAUGGAGAAGAGAGGAGCCACGCUGACUUCAGUCAGGGGAAAAUAGUGAUCACAAUGCCAGAGUUUGCAAAUCCUUCGUCCAGUUCAGAAGGAGCCUAUGAGAACACUGUACAAUCUUGCAAAAAUAACUUGGAUGUUUAUGUAAAAGCUUAUAAUUACCCUGCAGAGCCAAAAGUGGCCCCCCAAACUUCAAUCUACUCCAAGGACGAUGUGGAGCUGGGCUCUAGAAACACACUCAUCUGUCACCUUACUGGAUUCUACCCCUCACAGAGUGGAGUGUCAUGGACUAAGAACAACGUCAACGUGACUGGAGAAGCUACUCUUAGCAGACAUUAUGCUACCGAUGAUGGAGCUUUUAAUCUGGUCUCCACCUUGAGCUUCAUUCCAGAGGAGGGCGACAUCUACACCUGCACUGUGGAGCACAUGGCCCUGGACAGACCACUGACCAAAACAUGGGAUGUGCAGGUGGUUCUGCCCAGUGUGGGUCUGUCUGUGUUCUGUAUAGCGCGUCUGGCUGCAGGACUGCUGGGAGUCGCUGCUGGAACUUUCUUCCUCGUCAAAGGAAACAACUGUAACUGAGAGUCUGACUGUAAACAUCACA